AUGGUGAGGUUGCUUUCUCUCUUCCAUCUUCUACCGUCGUAUGGGCCGCAUCUGCCACCGUGCAAGUCGUCGGGAGCUGCGGGUGUGCCGACGUUUGGGUUCGAGAGGAGGGAUGCAAAUUGUGACGGGCUUCCCGUUGCGGGCCUUGGUCUUGGUCGAGUAGACGGCGAGAAGUACGGCCCGAAUCCGAAGAGCCGUAGAGGGAGACUGGUCGGUCUGUGGCGUGGUGGUGGAUUCGGCGGAGGUAGACGGCUUGCGACGAUCCGGAUGGUGGCGCACACCUCCUACGCUUUCAAUGGCUGA